UAUCAGACUCACUGCGUAUUUGAUCAUCAAAAUUCCUUUUAUAUGUCUUUGUGGACCAUUUAGGGAUGGUUCAUGGUUGGCUUUGAAAAUUUGGCUGCCACAUCUUUUAAAAGGUCAUAUAAUCAUGUCAAAGUGCUAACGUGAGACUCACGUGUGCAAUCGAUUCUGUUGUUCUAUAUCUGAACGGCAACUUGGGGCGCAUCCAGACACAAUCUGUCUCUGUGAGUGUGCUGAUCAGAUGUUUUGCCGAUGAAAGGUAUUCUUUAUAAAGCAUAAGCCCUUGUAAAUCUGCACCUCAAUAGAGUUCAGCAAGCUAGCUUCCUGUCCAUUAAUUUCUCAAGCCCUGCCAAAGAAUUAAAGAACCAGUUCUUGAAGAAAUGGAGGGAGGAGAAGGAGGAGGAGGAGGAGGAGGAGAGAAGAAUGCAAGUGUGUUUUCUGGGGUUGGCCAGACUGAUGUUUUCGACCCAAGUGCGCCUCCUCCAUUUAGGAUAGCUGAGAUCCGAGCAGCCAUUCCCAAGCAUUGCUGGAUCAAGAGCCCGUGGAGAUCGAUGAGUUAUGUUCUCAGGGAUUUCUUGGUGAUCUUUGCAUUGGCAGCAGUUGCAAUCUACUUUAAUGCUGGGAUCUUUUGGCCAUUCUACUGGGUUGCUCAGGGAACAAUGUUCUGGGCUAUAUUUGUGCUUGGACAUGACUGUGGCCAUGGAAGCUUUUCUGACAACUCAGCGUUGAACAGUUUGGUGGGGCACGUCUUGCAUUCUGCAAUUCUUGUACCCUACCACGGAUGGAGAAUUAGCCAUAGAACUCACCACCAGAACCAUGGGAAUGUUGAGAAUGACGAGUCAUGGGUCCCGUUGACUGAGAAGUUAUACAAAAGCUUGGAUUAUAGUACCAAAAUGCUGAGAUUCACAGUGCCUUUUCCCCUGUUAGCAUACCCUUUUUAUCUGUGGACAAGAGGUCCAGGAAAGGAAGGUUCUCAUUUCAACCCAAAUAGCAAAUUAUUCUCCCCCAAUGAGAGGAAUGAUGUGAUUACUUCGACUGUGUGCUGGUCUAUAAUGGUUGCUCUGCUCAUCUCUCUAUCCUUUGCAAUUGGUCCAAUACAAAUGCUAAAGCUUUACUGUGUUCCUCACUUGAUUUUUGUGAUGUGGCUGGACUUUGUGACCUACUUACAUCACCAUGGCUAUGAGAAGAAACUUCCUUGGUACCGCGGCAAGGAAUGGAGUUAUCUAAGAGGAGGGCUCACAACCGUUGAUCGUGAUUAUGGAUGGAUUAAUAACAUCCACCAUGACAUCGGCACCCAUGUCAUACACCAUCUCUUCCCUCAAAUCCCCCAUUAUCAUCUGGUGGAAGCGACUGAGGCAGCUAAACCAGUGCUUGGAAAGUACUACCGGGAGCCGAAGAAAUCUGGGCCUAUUCCAUUUCACUUGAUCCAGAAUCUAGUAAGAAGCAUUAAAGAAGAUCAUUAUGUCAGUGACAGUGGAGAGAUUGUCUACUAUCAGACCGACUCUGAGUUGUAUAAAUCUUCUAUGUACAAGUCUAACUGAUCAUAGUUUCAGACCUUCUAAGCUCUAAGAGUAUGUGAUAAAAGCCUCCGUUUGAUUCGGAGGACUCAGAUUCUUGUCUAUGAUGGCUAGGCUAGGGGUACUUGAUGUUCUUUCUCUAGACUAAUCCUCUUCCCUAUAGGGGAAGAAAGAUUUAUUGUUAUGAUAAACAUUCAUUGCUCUAA